AUGAAGGUCGAGUCAUUGCCUCUGCGCCGAGGCAGCAACACCGCCACUACAGGCGACGGCGUUUCUCUAACGCCACCUGCGGCUUCUUCCCUCGCCUUGUCCGAACCUGCGGCAUCCACGUCGCCCCAGUCGACGCAGCUUACACCCUCAAGAAGGGACGUGGAGGAGGGCGUGCUCGCGAGCAAGUCAUCGUCCACAGACGAGCUGCUUCAGUGCGCUAAGGUGGCGAGCUUGUGCCCGCCGCCCCUGGAUGAUGCGCUGCCCCCCGAUACUGUGCAUAGAACUGCCGCCGUUGCGUACAUCGACUCCUCCUCACUUCCUCCGCAGCAGUCGCUCAGUUCGAUGGCGUACACAACUCAUUUAGCUGAGCAGCCCUCGUCAGCCCUGCUGCAGAGCGCCAGCGACACCCACGCGGCAGCGUCACGGGAGCUGCGCAGGGGCAGUAACAUCAACGAAGGCGGCUCUGUCAUGACGUGGGCACUCGAUGACACCGACACAACGGGGACAUCCUUCCCGCAGACAGCCGGCUCUACUCAGCCGCCGCCGCUGCAGGCGAGUUGCUCGUCGUCUCGCCAGCCUGUGGUUCUACCUGUAGCGCAGCAAGUAUCGCCAGGGCCCGCUACACAGCCACCAUCAGUACUCACCACCGAGGCUCAGCGCGGCAUGCAACUGGCAAGCGCAAGUCGCCUCUCCGGCAGUGGCGGGCCUGUGGAACGUCGGCGCCAUUCCGCACUCGCUUCGCUGGCGCGCUGCUCGCCGCGUGCCGAGGUGAAAGUUACUCUGCAAAACGCGGUCGACGCGCCGGAGGCAAUGGAUGCGACGGCCGGAACGACUGCGCGGCCGGGCUACGAAUCUGACCGCGACGCUGACGCAUCUCCCUUUGCUGAAGCGAGCGACGGAUGCAGGGAGAGCAGGAGCGGAGCCAUCGCGACAUCGCGGUUGGCACAGCCGCCACAGGCGGUGGCCGUCGCUCGACAGGACUUUCGCUCCGAAUCUUUGCUGCCGUCUACACCAGAGCGGGAGCAGCAACUCACCGUGGCGCUGAUGCCAUCCUCCAGGCCGCCUCAUGACUCCACGUCUCCAUCUCUGCGCACGCCCGCGCAGCAGCAGCAGACAUCACUCCGUACGUCCGCACCGGCCGCGACAGCACCUGUCAACGGCGCUGUUUCUGUCGGAAGCAACGCACCGGACGACGUGCCACUGCCGCAGCAUCUGGGCCUUUGCACCCUACUGCCAGCCAACAGCACCGCGAGCGCCGGCACCGCAGGCGGCUACAGCAACAUUGGGGAUGGCGAUCCCGGAGGGGUGCUUCAUCCGCGCUUGCCCACGUCCAACUCUGCCAACGUGCGCGGCACCAGCACCCACGCAAACGGCGAGAACCUUUAUGCCACGUCUUCAUGGGCGACGACCGCAGGAACCGAGACUCCCACCCAGACACGCACUUCGCGCUUGGACCUCGGAAGCUGGAACACGCACCACUUCGUCAGCAGCAGUAGUUGGCUCUUGAGGAGCAUGAAAAGCACCGAUGGCGGGAGCGGCGGUCUCGUUGGCAGUCGCUGGAACGACGAGAGUUGCACGAACACUCCACCCCCGACGAACUCCGAACUUUUUCGGCAGAUACGUCAGCCCGCAACGUACGUCAAGUCGAUCUUGCGCAAGUCUGGGUGCAGCACAGCGGUGGCGUACGGCGCGACGGUCAUGAACGACGGCGAUCAGACGAAUACCAAUCGCUCCUGUGUGCUGUCGCCUUUCGUUCAUGGUGGCGGGGUCGGUGGGAGAGCCGAGACGACCGCGAGCACCACACCUCGCGCACUAGCCAGCAGCGGCACGGCAGGUGGUGGUGACGGGCGGACUUCGGCGAUGUCAUCGCCAUUAGACGAGCUGGCGCCGCAGACAGACUUCAUUGUGCUUCGCCACACCACCGGGGAUGCGGAUUGCGUGAACGGAAGCGCCACACCCGCCGAUGCGUCUCCGUCGCCCGGCGUUUUGCGCACGAGCGCCGAGAACGGCAACGGUGUCUUCGCAGAUGGUGUCCACGGCAGAGGUAACGCAGGCAACGACAGCACACCACUCAGCUCAGCGGUACAGCGCUCGUUGGCGUUUCCUUGUCGGGUGUCCCGGUCGCCAUCCACACCAGGGUACCCCUCGCUGCACCGUACCCAGCAGUGCCGCUCGAGCGGCAUCAGACAAGGUAGCGACGCUAACAUUGGCGACAUCAGCAAUGGAGAGACGCGGGUGCUGCCGCUGCCGUCGAUGAUGGCGUCGGGGCUGCACAUCUUACUUGCACACGAGGCCGUCACUGCGGCAGGGUGCACGUCUGAUGAGCCGCCACCUGACAUCAUGCUCGUCUCCUCUCCCCCAAAGCGGGUACGCGUCAUGGUAUGA